AUGGGGAUUCAGGUACCCACUCGGCGUCGAGAGGAUCUAACCGAAAUACCAGAUGAUCACUAUUCAUUGUGUUUCUUGUCAUUUAUAGCAGAUGAUGAGUUAGCCAUUGAUUUCAUCAUGCAGAGAGUGGACAAUUCUACCUACACAGUACCUGAGGCUAUGGUGGACAGUAACAGCAUGGAAAGGUUGCACAUUGUGUGCAGGAUAAACAAUAUCCCAAAUGUUCUCGGGUUCAAUAUCAUGAACAUUUACAGAGUAAACAAGAAUGGAAAUGUUGAACGCCUGGCUACCAUGCAGACUCGUUAUCCAGAACUUGCUGGGUAUCAAAGACCUGCACUAGUUCAAAGCAGUGCCACUAUGCAGGCUGUCGGUGUGUACAAUGAUAAGACUCUUGGAAUAUCAGUACCUGUGGCCUCUCUCACAUGCAAUGAUGGGCUUCUGUACAACUGCUCCCUUGUUUAUUACCAGGACAUAGGAGGCAGACCAGCAACAAAGACUUCCAUGGCGGUCAGAAACCUCACAGUGUCAGUCCAGCCAAAAGAUGUGGAUUUAAAGGCAUUUAACCAGUCAGCUUCAUUUCCAAUGGAAAUCCAAAGCGACAUUGGAACGGCCACCAAUAUGGCUCACUUUAUGAUUGGUCAGGUGGUUAAACUCACCUGCAAGGCAAAUCUUGGUACACGCAGCAAUGGACUCAUCUCCUGGAAAAAGAGUAAUAUUGUAGCUGGGAGUGAAAUGGCCAACUACAUUCCCAACACUAAUGAACGUGAAGAUGGUCAAGUUGUGGCCAAUGGUUGCCUGUUUGAAAAAACAGACAGCAUCAUGUACAACAUGACUGACCAGGACGCGAUCAGAACAUCCAACAAUCCACUUCAGUUUCAGUGCUACAUAAGUGUUCCUGGCUCUUCUGUUGCUCUUCCUGAGACCACAAUGAAGAAUUUCUACAUCAAAGUCCAUAAUGUGAAUGAACCAACCACAGGGGGCUUUGCUACAGCAGGGGACGUGACCAGACUUGUGAAUCAGACACUUCUGCAGUCGGCCAGCAAUAUCAUAGGUAUUAUCAUAGAAAAGGAAAACAAUGGCACGUGGUUGACGUUGAAACAAGAGAAUGGGAAAACUACUGAAACACUGUUAUCUUUAAUCGACAAGUUUGGAUCUGCAGUGCGUCAAAGGAUUGGAGAUAAUAACCUCGACCCAAUGUUAGUUGUUACUAAGAACAUUGCUUUCGAGGUUAGGAAAAUAAUCAAAGGGAUCGUAUUAUUUCCCGACAAUUCUGUUCGAAACUACACAAAAAACGACAGUAAAUGGAUUCUUCAUUCAAAGAACAGAAUAUUCUUAAACACAAGCGCAUUAGGUGUUGUUGUUGCAACGACAGUGAUCUACAAAAAUCUGACUGAUUUGAUGUAUGCUAGAUCAGAAUUCAAUAGCUCAUCGAAUGAUGGUGUAAUAGUAAACGGCCCUGUCCUGUCGUGUUCGAUUUCCAAUGAGUCUCACAUAUUGACUUUACCAAUUAUCCUGACGUUUGAACAUGGGCAGGCAAACUACUUCAACCCUUCGUGCAAUUACUGGAAGUUUAGUAGACCAGGGUACUGGGCGAGUGACGGUUGCAGUGUUCGAGCUCGAGAUUCCGAUGAUUCGAUUACAGUCUGUGAAUGUAACCAUCUCACCAACUUCGCUGUCCUCAUGAGUCCUUUAGUUGAGGCAGAUGUAACGUCCAAAGCCUUACGCCUAGUGUCGAUUGUUGGCAUUUCAGUAUCAACGUUUUGCCUACUUCUGACAAUUAUUGUUUUUGCAAAGCUUUGGAGAUACGUUCAGAGCGAUAGGUCCGUUAUGUUGCUGAAUCUCAUCGUUGCGCUUGUUGUAUCCUACGCGAUCUUCAUUGGAGGCAUUGACCGUACGGAAAACAAGAUUGUUUGUAUGGUAGCCGCUGCUGCGUUGCACUACAUCUAUAGCGCCGUAUUUUGCCUCAUGCUUGCAGAGGGAAUUGGUAUUGCGAUCGACGUUAUUUUAGUUUUUGCCAAAUAUGCACCACUCCGCCAGCUGUUAGUGUUUGCAUGGGGUCUUCCUGUAAUUAUAGUUGGAACAACACUUGCUAUCACACAAACUAAUGGAUUCGGCAAUGAGCAUUACUGCUGGUUGUCUCUAUCCCGUGGACUCAGAUGGGCAUUUGUUGGUCCAGCCUUGUUCGUGAUACUGUUCAACGUCAUUGUUUUGAGUAUGUUGUUUAAGAAAAUGUUUGCUCUAAAAGCCAUGGUGGACAAGCCAAUUAAAGACAAAGUCAAGAAAACUCUUUGGUCUCUGUGCGUUCUCGUACCUUUGAUGGGCGUCUCCUGGAUACUCGGCAUCUUCUAUGUCAACGAGUCGGCCUCAUUCAUGCAGUAUGUGUUCGCAAUCUGCAACGGGCUGCAGGGCGUGUAUAUCUUCGUAUUCAACUGCAUUUUAAAUAGACAGGUCAGAAAUGGCUUCAAGAUGGAAAGCAUCAGGCGCCGAAACAAAUCAAUGACGAGGUUGUUCUCACUGAAUCUGCAUAACGUCUCGAAAUAAUCGAACGGAGAACGGCGUGAUUGCGAUUAAGACCACAUGAAAACAUAUACAUCCCUGUGUAAUCUGCAUCCGCACCUAGGCGACCUUCAAACCAAACCAGAAACAUCUGACAAUCAAUGUAAUAUGGAACGACAAGCAACGUAUAAAUGUGGAUUAGUCAUAUGACUGAUCUUGAUGAGUAUAAUGCUCAUAUGUAGGGAGUGUAAUAGAAGUUUUAAACGUUAAGGUUUAUGAAGAUAACUUUCUUUUCACUUGUAUGUACUUGUCAAGGACUUGAACGAAAAUUUAACAUAAUAAUGCUAUAUAUCUGAAAACUUAACUGUAUGUUCACAUGUAUAAACAAUUUCUUUCGUAUGCAUUAACCUUUCUGUCUUCAAGGUUUUUGAAGAUUUAUUUCCAUUCUAGAGAAACAAAGAUCUGACGUAUUCCGACCACAAAACCAAAACAAAAAUGUACAUAAAAUAAUUUAAAAUAUUUAAAAUUAAUAUAGUAUGCUAUUUAAAUAAAAUGUGUAUACAUAAUCAGAAAUCACGGAUAUUAUAACAAUUAUAAACUCUUGUUUUGUGUAUGUUUGUGCUUUAUUCAACAACUUAUGAGGAUGGUGCAUACAAAUUGAAUGUGACAACCGCAAAAGUAAAACUUGUUAAGAACCGAGUGGUGAUCGAAGUAAAGCUAUUUUAUGCUGAUUUAUCGCAUUAUUAAAAGUUGAAUACUUGUAAAGUUUAAAUUAUAAGCAGCUUUAUUCCUCCAUGUUUGUGUUGUUUUUAUGUUUGAAUGUGUUUAUAUAUCAUAUACUCUCAAAUUAUAUCAGCCGAGAUUAAGACAAUAUUUUCUAAUAGUACGUGUUUGUUGCUUGAUGCAGUAUAUAUAUUCGAACGGUGUGACUUUCUUAUACAAAUGUAUCAUUUGUAAUGAAUAUUAAUCAUUCUAUUAACACUGUGUGGUUUAAUAUAUCAAACAUAUUUGUUAAUGUGUAUACUGUGAAUGUGUAAGUAAAU